AUGGAAUCAGAACCGACGCUCCACCCCCAUCUCCUCCCGGACACUCACCACCGGAAAAUCGAACUGCAAUCCACCCAAGACCUCACGUAUCUACAAUCCAACCUGAUCGCCUCGGCGCGCCAGAAACUCGAUCUCCAUUUCCCUCCUUCGGCAACACAACAACAACAGCCAAAGAAAGCGCAGCCCGCGACAGUGAUAUCACUGGAUGGAGUGAACCCCACAGCCCAAGACUCACACUCACAACCGACAACACAACAACGACAACAAGUGUCUAGCAAUGCGGGCGAGAUCGAGGACCGAGAAGAGGAUCCCAUGCGCGCCGCCGUGCGCGCGUACGUGGACGCAUUCAUCUCGCGUAUCUACACGUCGGCGUCUCACUCCCUCACGGUCAACGGGCUGGACGUGACGUCUCUCCCGCCCACGAGUUUGACCACCAAACAUCCCGCCCCUGUCUCAGCCAGCAGCGACGCGCGUGGCUCAAGUAGUGGGGCAAAGGAAGAAAAAGAAGGCGUGGAUUUCAUCUACGAAGGGCAUGAUACGCGCCUCCAGCAAAAGGUCGCGGACAUGUACGCCGAGUUGGAGAGUCUCACGGUGCAGGUUGGCCAGUUAAGACGCGAGGCACCAAGACACGGGGCCGAGGCUUUCGGUCGGCUGUGCAGUGAGACAAUGGAGGGCGAGGGCGAGGCCUUUGAGAAAGUGAUCGCUGCGUUAAAGCAGGAAGCCACGGAAAGUGGAAGUGACGACCGGGUAGGCGACGUGUUGAAGCUGAAUCCCUUGCCGGAGGGGUGGUUCGAGGAUCGUAGGACAAUGUACGAGCGCGGGACGAAUCAACUUGCAGCUUUUGCUGGGCUGGCAGGGCAACGUGGGGAUGGGUCUCGGACCGGCUCUGCUGUCAAGGGGCCCAGUCUGACGGAGACGGUGGGUAGAGUCCAGCGCGCAAGGACUGUGGCCAUGGAGUUCGAGUGA